UGAUGCGUUCACGAACGCACAACGAGGACGCGACUCAAUGAACACGGGCUGCCUGUCAAAUAUACGAGUGUAUUCACACGACGCUUAUUUCGAAUGCGCUCGGCGGCGUUUUGAGAGGAUGGAGCGAUGUCGCGCCGCACGGCGACCGCAAUAACACGCGCGAACCACAUCGAGGACUUCCACGAGGACUUCCGCCGAGUAGAACAUGAACUUAGAAUCUCAACGGCGGCGUUGUGUAUUACUGCGAUGAAAGAUGCCAAUUCUUAAGGAGCUCUGCUUCUGUUGAAGUGGUUCUGGUUCAAGAGGCCUGCUAAAGCACAAUGAGAGCCAUUGUAUCAAUCGCGCUGAUCGCACUGCUGUGUGGCAUAAGCUUAGCCCCCAUCAAUGCCAUUAGGAAAUGUGCCAGUAGAAAGAAAGAUGUCGAAAAUCUUUCUCCGAAGCAGAAUUCAGCGGACGUACCUGAAAAUUCAUCCAGUGACCAUAAUAUAAAUGAAGAUGUCAAAUUUGAGAUGUGUAAUAAUUUCUGUCAUGCCUUAUGGAAAGAAGAUAAAACUGCAAAUGGUACUGAAAUCACUAUUUUGUCUCAAGGUUGUUGGAAACAGUCUGGUGAACAGAAAUGUGAAAAUACAGAAUGUGUUGCGCUCCAGAGAUCUACAAAGGCUUUGAACAAUACGAAAUUUUGUUGUUGUCACGGAGAUUUCUGUAAUCUCAAUAUUACAAGUUCUAAUCUUACCGAUUCAGAUGAUAAAAUGUCUAACACUCUUUCCUCACGAAAAAAUCGGCCAACUACAGAAUAUCUCGAGCAGUCAAAUGCCGAACGAUGGUUCCUUAUUGUAGUAAUUGUUGUAGCAUGUACAAUGCUACUAUUAUGUACUAUAGUGAUGAAUGUAUACAGAACGUAUCAUAACAAUAUUUUAAUGAGAUUAGGAAAACCGUUAUCUUAUAAUGAUCAAUUCAUGGAUAGCACAGCAUUAAGAACUGGUACUUACACAGUUGAUCACUUGAAACUUGCAAAUAUUGUAGGUCAAGGAAGAUAUGGAUCAGUUUGGCAAGGCAGUAUGGGAGAUCAAGAUGUUGCAGUUAAAAUAUAUCCAUCACACUAUCGCAAUUAUUUUCAGAAUGAAAGAGAUACUUACUGUCUACCUUUUAUGGAGCAUCCAUCAUUAUUAAACUAUUAUGGUGUAGAUGAAAGAAUAAGCAUGGAAGGUAGUAUUGAAUAUCUUUUGGUACUCAGUUUUGCUCCCGGUGGUAGCUUAACGGAAUUUUUACGAACACACACUAUUGAUUGGAAUACAUUCUGCAAAAUGAGUCUUUCGGUAGUUAAAGGACUUGCUUAUUUGCAUACGGAUAUAUGCAAAGGUGACAAGUUUAAGCCAUGUAUUGCACAUAGAGACAUAAAUUCGAGGAACAUAUUAAUUAAAGCUGAUGGUACUUGCUGUAUUUGUGAUUUGGGAUUGGCAGUUCAAAUCUCUGGAUCUAAGUAUUACUCUAAUGGAGAGGAGCAACAUGCUGAACUAAAAUCAAUUAAUGACGUGGGUACAUUGAGAUACAUGGCGCCAGAAGUGUUGGAUGGUGCUGUUAAUUUACGGGAUUGCGAAAGUUCUUUAAAACAAAUAGAUGUUUAUGCAAUGGGUUUAGUUCUUUGGGAACUGGUUACAAGAUGUUCUGACAUUUAUAUUCCUGGUUCAGACGUACCGCAAUAUAAACAACCGUAUGAAAAUGAAAUAGGUCUUCAUCCAACGUUUGAACAGAUGCAAGUCUUAGUGUCACGUAAUAAAGCCAGACCACUUUUAGAAGGUAACUUAGUAGAUAGACCAGGAGUGCGUUUGAUUAAGGAAACUAUAGAAGAUUGUUGGGAUGCCGAUGCUGAAGCUCGUUUAACUGCUUUGUGUAUAGAAGAACGGCUUUCAGAACUGCAGUCCCAUCGUGUAACAAUGCACUUUACUGAUGGAAGUCCAAUGGUGAAUUCUCAUUGCACCUUAGUGCCUUCAACAACAAACAGUCUUUAUAGUGAGUCCUCGCAUCAUGACAAUGUACAUGUUGUUCAACUUGCGUUGAAUAUGGUGCAAGAUAGUAAUACUAACGAUAGUGCAAUAGCUGAAAACUUGGUUACAUUAUCACCAUCCGACAGCGUUGUUCAUGAACACGGUUUCAAAAAUUCGAACGAAGUAGCAACAUAUAAUCACACUCAAACGCUUCAACCGUAUCAAGGUAGAAAUCCGUGUAUGGAAAGAAAUUUAAUGUUACAAUCGGAUUCGUUGGAAGACUUAGGCUGUAAUGGUAACGUUCUCGUCGAUAAAUCACUGAAGCAUGCGUGUAACGAUCAAUACAAAACUGGUACAGAGGCACAAGGAUUAGUUUCGCACGAUUACUUAAGUCAGCAUACUACUCAGUUAACGCAACUUAGACCGGCGACACCUAUACCGUACGUUCAAAAUGUCAUUUCCGAUGAAGGAUCAUCUUCAUACGGUAAGAGAAAGCAGACGAAUAUACAGGAUACAUCUCUUCAAGAAAGCCCGCGAAAAAAAUUAUUUGCCUGGCCCAAUUUGAAAAAAUUACUCGUCAACAAAAAAAUGUAUCCAUACAGCAGAUACCAAAUAGAUAGAGAAGAUUCUAAGUCAAAUUUAUUAUCGAAGCAAAAUGUCCAGAUUAAAACCGUAGAGACGAACGUAACAAUCUCGUCUGGAGGAAAGUAUGUAAAUGGUAUCAUUGGUAAGACUUCUACUUCGGCGAUGCCGGUAGAAAAAAAUGACAAGAAUACUAUGCAAACGGGGAAGCAAAAACAGUAUGAAAGUGAUAACACGACAUCCAAUGCGCGUCCUUCCACUUUACCGCUCGUAAAUUUAAGAAAUAAAAAGAGAGAAAAUAAUUUAAGCAGACAAGAGAGCAUAGAUAAAUUUAACGAAGUCUUCAAUGUGGGUUCGAACGUGAACAACGCGUUGAAGGACCCGCAUAUGAGAAUAAAAACACCCGGUGAUUUGCCACCAUCUGUCAGGAAAAUUCGCGGUCGUGCGCAAUCAACGGCGCGAUUUUCGCUUUACGAUGAUCGCAUGAUGUGCAAUAUCCUGAACGAGGAGGACGAUCAAAGUGACAAGGCCAUUUGGAAUUCUGUGCCAUUUGGUAUGGAUCUCGGUGAUAGUGAUGGAAAACAGUCACCAACGAAACUUGGUACCAAAAAUGUUACGUGCUUUUAAUCAGAUAUUAAUGUAUUUGUAAAAUCUUUAUGUCUAUAAUAUAGUCAGAAAAAAGAGAGAAAUAUACUGUAAGGUACCCUUAAGCUUCAAUUUGUGUACAGAAUUUGUGUAUAAGAAUAAUUAAGAUUUUAUACUCGAUGCGAAAUAUAUUAUUACAAUAUAGACACUAAACAGUAAAAUUAACAAAAAUUAGGAAUAUAUUCGAAAACUCAUACUACUCAAUUGAUUUGUCAUGUUAUAGCAUACCUUGUGCAUAAUGAAUGCUUUUGAUGAAGUAGAUGAUUGGGUAUGACAAGUGCACAUAACAAUUAUAGAUAGAAAAUAGAAAAUCAAAUUGACAUAACCUAUAUACGCUGAAUUAUAAGAAAUGAGUUUAUCAUUUAUCAAACUCGUUUCACAUGUACGGUAUUUGUGAAUUAUUUUCUUUACAUAUGUUCUUUUUGAUUUUUAAUAGAACUAAUAAAUUCAGUGAUUACAAUUAUGAUAAACAUGGACAAUCAAUAUUAACAUUUGCAUCACAUUAUAAGAUAUUGUUAAUAUCUCGAUAUAUAUAAUUGUCUUUUACUUUUUUUACAGCAUUUAAAAGACAUAAUCUCUGUGUAAUGUAAAACAAUCUCUUAGUGUCGAUACUUAUAGAAUAUUCUCCAUCUGAUAUUAUUAGCUCAAAGACUUAUAUAAAAUUAUGGACGAAAGUACGUAAAGUUAAUUCUUUUAUUAUCUCGAUUUUGUAUGCUCUUUCUUCACGAGAAGAGACUGUAUUUACUUCUAUAUAUACAUAAAGUAUAAAGUACAUUUAAGUUUUAAACACAUCGUGCAACAAGUUUGUUCAUUAAUAUGCAACGAUAUAUUUAUCAAAUAUAUGGAUCUACAAUUAAUGCAAAGCCAUGAAUAUUAAUAUAGGUGAUUGUAAUUAUAAAGUAGAAAUAGUAAACAGAUAUAUUUGAGCACACAAAGUAUAAUUGUACCCGGUUAUAUAAAAAUUAUUUUUUCUGACCCUGUGAAUUCAUUGUAAAUAUCUGUACGAUAAAGAAAAGAUUAUUCGACUGCGUUAAACAUACUUGUGUUAUGUUAUGUUAUGUUAUGUUAAAGCUAUCGUAAAUUCUUAUGUUAUACAUUUUAUGAUACUUUAUUAUGCAACAUGUUAUUAUUGACAAAAUUAAGAUGAAUAUGAUUACGCAAUUCAUAAUAAAUGUCUUCUGUCAACAA